AUGGCGAGCAUGUAUCAGUUCGCGCAUGUAGUACGAAUGGCGAAUUCAUCGGCGCCCCUGCUUCCUGCUCUGCUCCGCACUCAACGUCGAGCUGCACCGCGGCAUUUCCGAGCGUUCAAUUCUUCAGCGCGUUGGCAAAAGAAGCCCCAAGUAGCAGUUCUCUACCAGGAAAUCGAUCCUCCAGUAAUUUCUGGAAAUGUCAAGCCGAAGAAGCCCGGCGGUUACAGGGACUCUGGUGCCGAUAUUGCCUACAACCUAAGUCUCUUUAACGAAGUUAAGGUCCUGAGUCCAAAUUCGCAACCAGAGCCUCGCAGAGAUGCCGACUGGUGUUUCCCGGACAGCGAAGAUGGCAUUUUGAGCGCUAUUGACAAGGGCGCGACGCAUCUAUGGGCCAAUACAAUUCUCUACGCCAGUCAUCCUCUACAGACUUCGUGGCGCAUCGGAAAACAUGAGAAAAACAUCAAGGUUGUUGGACAAGGACCACUAAUUGUUGAGAAGUACGAUGACAAAGACUUUGUCAACACCCUUCUGCGGCAACAAGGGGGCUUCACCAUGCCGUGGGCCUGCACCAUCCACGCUAACGAGGACACGCCAGACUAUAAUUCAUUGCCCUAUCCAGUAGUGGCGAAGCCUGCUCGUGGUCGCGGGAGCCACGGCGUCAAGGUAUGCCAGGAUGAGGGGGAGUUGAGCUUACAUAUCAAGCUCUUGAAGUCCGAAGGAACCAACGCUAUCAUCGUUGAAGAGUUCCUUGUAGGCGAAGAGGCCACCGUGACAGUCAUGCCUUCGACGUCUGAGAAGGGACACUGGUCUCUGCCGGUCGUCACCCGAUUCAAUCAUCAAGAUGGCAUCGCUCCCUACAACGGCACUGUUGCCGUCACCGCAAACUCUAAAGUCGUUGUCGGCUCCGAAGACCCGGCAUACGAGAGAGUUGCCAAGGAAUGCGAGAAAGUCGGAGAGCUGCUUGGGACCACCGCGCCUAUUCGCAUCGACGUUCGUCGGUUCAAGACAGGCUCCAAGUUUGCCAUCUUCGAUGUGAAUAUGAAGCCGAACAUGACAGGACCUGGCAGACCUGGACGCGACCAGCAGGCAAGCCUAACACUUCUUGCGGCUGAGGCUCUUGGGUGGGACUAUAAGGAAUUACUGCGUCAGAUUCUGGGUACAUCGUACACCCUUAAAGCCCUUAGAAAGCUUCUACCUCGUACUUAG